CCUCUACUACUAAUAAAAAUCGGAUGAACAAAUCGCACUACUCUUCUCUCUCUCUCUCUCUAGAUCUCGAUCCCCUGACACUCACUCCUCCAUCCACAACCCAUAAAACUACUACUAGGGUUUUCCGACACACACGACGAUGCUACUCCGAAGCUCAUCGACGCCGAUUCUUAACUCAUGGCUGCCCCACUCCAAGGAUUCCUCAGCUACCUCGCCCCUGUCCGAGGUUUCCCUCCCGAUCCCAAAGUCCAAACCGGUUUCCCCGAUCUCAUUCAACGGCGAGAGAUCGGCCAGUUUUAAGAUGACGAGAGCCGUGUCGGAGAGCGAUCUGAGAGACCUGUCCGUAGUACCCAUGAUGAAGCUGUUUAGUAACAAGAGCGGUGUUUCUGCGAACGGGUUCUCGGUGGAGGAGGAGGAGAGGGAGGCGGGUUCGGAGUCGAUGUCGGAGUCGUUGGACCGGGUGUUGCAGUUGGGAUCUGGGUUGGAUGGUGGAGGCGGCGGUGGGUGUUGGAUUGGCGGUGGUGAAGGUGGUGGUGGUGGAGGAGGAUCGGGCGGUGAUGGGUAUGAAGAGGAUGGUGGGGAUAAUAAGAAAAGAGGGAUUGGGACUAGUACGGAUGUGUAUUAUGAGAAAAUGAUUGAGGCUAACCCUGGGAAUCCUUUGAUUCUUGGCAAUUAUGCAAGAUUCUUAAAAGAGGUCAGAGGUGACUUCGAAAAGGCCGAAGAGUACUGUGGGAGAGCAAUAUUGGCAAACCCAAGUGAUGGGAGUGUUCUAUCACUCUAUGCUGAUUUGAUAUGGCAGACUCAUAAGGAUGCCCCUCGGGCCGAGAGUUACUUUGAUCAAGCUGUUAAAGCCGCCCCUGAUGACUGUUAUGUUAUGGCUUCAUAUGCGCGGUUUCUUUGGGACACCGAGGAGGAAGAAGAAGAAGAGGAAGAAGAAAACAAUAGUUUCGACCAGAUUGAAAAUAGCAGCAGUAUCAAUCUAUCACCACCAAGUUUCUUUCAUGGAGUCCCUCCUCAACCCCCUCCUAUUGCUGCUGCAUCUUAAGGAAUCAUCUCAGUUCGUCUCAUCUUCUUGUAUAAUACUAGCUAAUGUAACUUACUGACCUUUUUUUUUUUUUUUUUUUUUUCGCGGUAUCCUUUCUUUCUUCCUGUCCUGCUCUUUUCUUCAGUUUUGUAUAGUAGUAGUUAUUCUCCAAUUAAAGAAUAGCUAUGUUUUUCUUCGGUUGUCUCACCUGUAAGAAAUGAAAUAAGUGAUGAAUAUCAAUUUUCGCGCUA